GGGCUUUAUGCAGCUGCUUGUCAACAAGAUGGCCUUCCUCAUCUCGCCGUUCUGACAUGAUUAUUUUGGUGUCCCGGAGAACAUACCGCUCAAGCGCGUGUCACUUCUAAAUAGAUAACGGGGGUGCUGCUGCCCCUCAAUAGGCGUAGGAUGCGCGGGAGCGAACGGACGGAGCUGGCACGCGCGGAGCGCAGCGGCAACAACUAAGGAAGAUGGAGAGGAGAAAGUAGCUGGAGGCUAACGACGACGCUAGUCAGCUAGCCUGUUAGCUUAGCUACGUGGACUCGGUUAGUCAACUCGUCUCACCUGCAGCUGACCGAACCAACUGGUUCGGUUAGGGGAAAACCGUGAAUUAAACACUGUCAUCGACUGGAUUCGGCAGUUAUCCGGUUCGGAGGUCUACCCCGUUAAGGUUUAUCAAGUCUAUGCUGGCUGCUCUCUCCAUCGCUGCCCAUCAAGCUGCAACGGCAGCAGAAAACCUAAUAUGACAUCUCUUUGUAUCUGCUGAUCAGCAUACAUGCAGAUAUGCCUCUGGGGUCCACAUCCUGAUGGACCGAGACACCUUUUCCCACAUUCGGCUGUGGUGCCCACGCCCUUUUGGCACCUACUCCCAGAACAAACCUCGGAGUCCAGGGUCAGGGGGAAGCAGUGGAGGUGCCAGUGGUGCAGGGGGGUCCUCGCUUUGCAAGGCUGAGCCAUCACAAGGUGCCAGAAGGAGAGUGGAUGGUGUUGAAGAUGUAGGAAUGAUAGUUGGUAUUCAAGAAGGAAAUGGAGAAGAGGAGGACGUGGGCUUGGAGAACACUCCACCCGAGCCUGAGCAUGAAUCCACUUCUCUGUCACAGAGCCACUCUCCACAGCUCCCUUCUUCUCCCCCUUCACCACAGUCUUCAGGGUCUCAGAUGGAAGAUGGACGUGUGCUGUUAGACACCUGGUAUGUCAUAAAGCCAGGUAACACCAAGGAGAAGAUUGCCUUCUUUGUUGCACACCAGUUCAGUGGAGCUGGCCAACCAAGACCAAGUGCCAUGAAGGUUAAAGGCAAUUGGGGAACUGACUGCAGUAAAGCCAAAAGACGAAGACGCUGCUCGUCCUAUGACCCUCCAACACGAUCUCACACCGUCAACCAUGACUCCUCCCUUGGGUCCACCAACCCUGAUGAGCUACAGCUCGGAGAUGCAAAUGAAACGGACCUGCUUUCUGUGGCAGAGAUGGUUGCCUUGGUUGAGCAGAGGACUGCUAUGGCCCUCCAUGGGAUUGCAGCUGUUCAUGGGAACCAGCAGCAGCACCACCAUUCCCCUCCUACCACUCACAGUCAGAACCUUACCCAGAAUCAACACACUGUCCUUCGUGGCACAGUGUCGGAUCCUUCUCCUUUGGUAUUUGUGUCAAACAGCUCAAGUAAUCACUCCACCAGGGAGGCCCAGAAGCCAUCAUCCCCUAUCCACACAGACCAAGACUUGGAGGAGCAACAGGAGUCUUGCAGAGUAGCCCAGGCCAUUGCACACUUUGAGUCUCAAAAUCUUGAGAAUCGACUCAAUCUGGGUUCUGGCUCUGGAACCCCCCCAUUGAAUAAAGACAGGGAAAAGGAACAUAGGAAAGGAGGUGAGUCAGGCACCGCCACACCCCCUCCACCUCCAAACCACAGUCAUGGGGAGGUUAGGAUAGCGUUUAGAGUGUCAAACCUAGACCCACGUUCUCAGCUGGAACCAGCUGGCCGGUCCCGUUGUAUGUUUAUGAGUUGUGGUGGGAGCAAUCAAGCAGCUCCUAGAGCCAAAGAAAAGAUCACCUGUGACCUGUACCAGCUCGUCAGUCCUUCCUCGAAAGAUCCCAGCUGUCUGCUGCUUGCUGCCACAGCAGCUGCCCCCAAACCAGACGGGGACCUCCAUCAUCCAGAUGGCUCAGCCUGUGGCAGCACAGACCCGUUCCAAGAGAGCUGUUCUGGGGAAAAGAAGGGUUCCGGUGUGGGAAGGGAACGAGUGACGGGCUUCCAUGUGGAGGUGGUGGUGACUGGUGCUGUUGACCAGUGUGUUUUUUAUGGAAAAGACGGCACCGAGAAUGUGCAGGAGGAGACGGUGUGUUUCUCAAUGCCUAGUGGGGCAGGUUGUAGUGGGGGAGUUGGAAACUCGACUGAAUCUUCAUUGGAUGAUCCCCCUCCUGGACAGCUCUUUUUCCUUCAGCCCUCUCGGGGACAAGAGGAAGAAGGAAAGACUUCUGGCACUGGCUCAGGAAUGUGUUCUUUGGACUCUACCAAUAACAACAGUCCUGGGGCAGGUCUGGAAGUUGGCUCAGGUGAGCGGGCACCAAGACCAGACUCCCCAAUAGUUGGGGAGGACUGUUCCGACCCCUCACUGUGCCGUCUCUACCGCCACGUUUCCCACGACUUCUUGGAGAUCCGCUUUCAGAUCCAACGCCUCCUGGAGCCACGACAGUACAUGCUAUUGCUUCCUGACCAUAUUAUGGUCAACAUCUUCAGCUAUCUGCCAACCCGCUCUUUGGCAGCCCUUAAAUGCACAUGUCAUUACUUUAAGGCAUUGAUUGAGACUUAUGGAGUGCGUGCUGUGGAUUCUCGCUGGAAUCAAGACCCUCUCUACAGGGACGACCCCUGCAAGCAGUGUAAACGACAGUAUGAGCGCGGGGACGUCUCUUUGUGCCGCUGGCACCCCAAACCUUACCACCAUGACCUGCCUUAUGGACGCUCUUACUGGAUGUGCUGCCGGCGUACAGACAAGGACACGCCUGGCUGCCGCGUUGGACUCCAUGACAACAACUGGGUGCAGCAGCCUUCUGAUGGUUCUCAGCCAAUCCGCAUGAAGAGGGAGGAGGCCAGGUAAGGAGGUGGAAGUACACCUCACAGAGAUCAGCUGUCAUCUCAAUCUGCAUAUCCCCCCUCUGAGAGGAGUACAAGGAGGCACCUGUACCUGAUAGGUUGUGUGGUAAUAAAGGAAGAGAUGUGCAUCACACUCCUUGCCUUUUUCUCCUGGUCCUCUGGGAUCCCUCUCCCCCAUCUGUGCUCCAGAGUGGCUGCAGAGACGUUUGCAUACCAGGGUUUGGGUCCUCUCCUGCUGCUGUCAAUCACCUACAUCUCUGCCUCAAUUGUCUCAUGAUGCACAUGGAUGUUCCUUCAUUCAUGUGGAAAUAUUGCAGUGUGUUUGAUUUAAACAUUAGUGUGGAGAAAGUGACGCAUAGAAAUGUAAUGCCCUAGAGCCUGCUGACUCCUCCAUCACCUCUUUUUCUUCUGUGUUGUUUCACAAACAUUAGCUGUACAGUGGUGCUGCAAGCAGAGUCCAGAAGAAGUGAACCCCCCUCAGUGGUGAAUGUUCAGCAUAACGAUAAAAUGUGAUUGUAUGAAGCAAACUUGAUUUUUCCGUCGUACACGAUGCCAUUUGUAGCUGUCCGUCACCAUUUGUUCUUCUGAAUGUGCUGUAAUGUUGUUCCCUGAGGAUGAUGAUUAUGCUGCUGAAACCACUGCUUGUGUCACUGAUGUUCAUCUACAACAGUCAUACCAUUGGUAACAGACAGGCACAGUGUCUGCCAAUAGGCGGGUCUGCGGAGAACUGUGCCAUUGUUGGAGUGGACCCUAACCUUGCUGACCCGCCCGUACACAGGAGCAAGUGAAUCCCUCUUGGUUUACACAGAUUUAUGGGAGAUGGACUUGAAUGGGAUAAAAAGAGAAACUUGAUGUCACUUUGGAAAGGCCUGAUGUCACUUUGUUUGAUUGCUUUUGUUUGCCAUGUUUUCUUUUUGUUUGGCUGUUUUUAUUGGUUUGUGUGUUUUGCUUUUAUUCUGCAGGGUUGUUCUCCUCGUAUCAGUCUGUUGCCCAGCCUGCAAACUUUUGUUUCCUUUAUUGAUCCGACAGCCUUGUUUUAAACCCCCACCCCCCCCCACCCUCUGUCCUCUGAUUUGGCCGCAUGAACUGUUUUGCCAAAGCCGACUGUCAUGCUUUGAAGUGGAUGAAACCAUUUACCACAGACGGAAGACUUACCAGCUUCCAGCCUUAAAAGACCCCUACCUCUGCCCCGCCCCCGCUGCAGGACACCGAGGAUCAGGUACCUCGCAACUGAUCAGUGGGAUUUCUGGUUACACAAAAUCCUGUAAACCCUUGAUGCACUCCAUCCAGCGCUACAGAAUUCACCCUAAACAAGUAAUGUGGAUGGGUAAGGGUGCUGCCAUGACUCCUCAUCCUAACAGUUUUCUUUACCUCCCCCACCCCCCAGCUUUUACACUCCCAGACAGACUGGACCUUUGAGAAUAGAUGUGAUGAAUGAUGCUGAAGCUGCAUGAAGAUGGUUGGAUUUUGAUGGGAGAACUUUGAGGGUGCAGAUGUGUACUCAUGGGAAAUGUCUGCUUAAAUAAAACAGAAGUGAUGAUUAAAACUGGAAA